UCGGGGCCCUGUCUUCUCAGGGGCCAGUGGCUGCAUGGCAGAGGCGAACCUCAGCGUGGUGACGGAGUUCCUCCUGAUCGCGUUCACGGAGUUUUCUGAGCGGGGCCUCCCUCUCUUCCUCUUGUUUUUGGCUAUCUACCUCAGCACUCUCCUGGGGAACGUGGGCAUGGUGGUUCUGAUCCGCAUGGAUCGCCGGCUCCACACCCCGAUGUACUUCCUUCUCAGUCACCUCUCUUUCCUGGACAUCUGCUACUCCUCCGUCACUGCUCCUCAGCUGAUGGCUGUACUGUGGGAGCAUGGGGCAGUCUUGUCCUACACUCGCUGUGCUGCUCAGUUCUUCCUCUUUACCUUCUUUGGUGCCGUCGACUGCUACCUCCUGGCCCUCAUGGCCUAUGAUCGCUACGUGGCCGUGUGCCAGCCCACAAGGCACGAAAAGAACCAGAACUUUUACUCCAGGGAGAAGAGGGAAGAAAAGAAAAAGUCUGAGAAGAGACCAGAGUGA